AUAGGUGAGGAUUCUGUAGCUGUCAUGGAUCACCAGUUGCUUGGAAAUCUUGAGUCAUCAGCAAUGACAGAAGAACUUCAGAGAGACACCCGUCAGUGGACACCUUUGGCUGUCAUGGAUCACCAGUUGCUUGGAAAUCUUGAGUCAUCAGCAGUGACAGAAGGACUUCAGAGAGACACCCGUCAGUGGACACCUUUGAGGUCCAGUGAUAUUACUCUCGGUAAAAGGAGAAUCCCACCAAAGGUGCCUAAACGGACAUCUUCCGUUACAAUCCGAGAAUUUAAAGACCAAGCCAAUAUGAUUAACUCUUGUGCGAAGUCGGUCCAGUCCUCCACCUUAUGCUCCAAUAGUGGUGAGGGAUGUGAAAUGACUCGGCCAAACAUUCAGUACAUUGAACAUUCAAAAGGAGAAAUAGGAAAAGUCCCCAAUAAAAAAUCUUCUCCAGAACCACCUUCUCCUGUCUGGAAAAGGAAGUCUCGUGCAAUGGCUGAAGAGCAGCCACCUGGUGCUCAGUUAGAAGACAAGCGAACUAACAAUUUGUCAGAAAAUAACACACACUUGGGUGGUUUUGACUACUCCACACCAUUACCAAUAAGUGUGUUAGAAACUGUAGAAUGUCCCCCAGAAGAAGCCCAUACCUUAGGUUGUAGGACUCCUCAUGAUACUCGGUCUGUUUUUCAUCCAUAUAAGAUCUCUGAAGCUCACAGAAAACGGCAGUACAGGGUUGGCUUGAACCUUUUUAACAAGAAACCAGAGAAGGGGAUCCAAUACUUGAUUGGACAUAACUACUUAGAAGCCAGUCCAAAAGCAGUAGCACAUUUUUUAAUUUCUCGGAAAGGUCUUGGCAAACAAAGUAUCGGAGAAUAUCUUGGAAAUCUACAACAUCCAUUUAACAUGGCUGUGUUAGAAUGUUUUGUUGAAGAGAUGGACCUGGCAGGAAUGCAGGUUGAUGUUGCCCUGCGGAAGUUUCAAACCUUUUUCCGAAUGCCUGGUGAAGCUCAGAAAAUCGAAAGACUGGUGGAGGCCUUCAGUCAUCACUAUAUCAAAUGCAACCAAGAGAUUAUUUCCAAACUUCACAACCCUGAAACAAUUUUUGUUUUAGCUUUUGCUAUAAUUAUGCUGAACACCGACCUUCACACACCAAGCAUGAGAGCUGAGAAACGAAUGAAGUUGGAAGACUUUAUAAAAAAUGUGCAAGGAGUGGACGAUGGAAACGACCUAGAUAGAGACAUGCUCACAGGCGUGUAUCAAAGAAUCAAGGCAAGUGAGUUUAAACCAGGGUUCGAUCAUGUUUCUCAGGUGAUGAAGCUACAACAAACGAUUGUUGGUAAGAAACAGAAUUUAGCACUUCCCCACAGACGUUUAGUCUGUUAUUGUCGACUGUAUGAAGUAUACGAUAUCAACAAGAAGGAACGGCCAGGACUUCAUCAGAGAGAGGUUUUUCUUUUCAAUGAUAUGAUUAUGAUUACUAAAGUUUUCAACAAGAAGAAAAACAGUGUGGCGUAUACCUUCAGACAAUCAUUCCCUCUUUGUGGCCUGAAUGUUACUCUGUUUGAAACAUCCUAUUAUCCAUGGGGUAUUCGACUAUGUCAAAGAGUGGAUGAUAAUGUUGUGAUUACUUUAAAUGCCAGAAACGGACAGGAUCGCUCCAAGUUUGUGGAUGAUUUAAAAGAAUCCAUCCUUGAGAUGGAUGAGAUGGAAAAUAUGAGGAUUGAGGCAGAACUAAAGAAACAAACAUCUGUGAGAAAUCGUUGUAGUGAAAAUAGAGACUCGGGAGUGGCUGAUGUAGAGAUUGUUUUUACUUCAAGCAAAGAAACUCUGCGAGUAGCUAGCAGUCCUUCAACAAAACUGAAUCACUCGCAUCUGUCUAACUCACUACUUGACCUGUAUGAUUAUCAAAUCAAACCAGCAAGAAGAGGCAGUGCAGGGUCCCUUGACAGUGGAAUGUCAAUAUCAUUCUCCUCCUCCACAACUAGUACGUUGAGUCAAGGAUCUGUACCACAGAAGAUUCCAAUUAAUAGAACAACAACGACCACUAUGAAUUCCAUAAACAAAUCUUCACAAAAUACUGGGUUUUUUGGUAGUUUAUUUGGUAAAAAAGGAAAAACUUCUAAUAGAUCAAAAGUAUAUUAAAACUGGUUACUUCUACAUGUCAAAGUUGGUUAAAAACAACUGUUGUGGACUAUACUGAUGGACGACAUCUUGUGGGGGUAGCAGCAUUAAGAAGUGUUGAUGACAAGUUUAUCUAACUUGUGCAUUUUUAACAGAAAUGUAAUAAGAUAAGAAUUUAUUUUUGUACAAGAUUAUGGUGUAUCUGAAAACUUUAUGUACACAAUCUUUCUCCAAAUUAAACCACAUAUGAGAAAAACUCCCUACUGUUCUAUUAAAAGGUGCAAACAGAGGGAGACUGUUCUGUAGCCAUUACAAAUAGGCCUUGUUUAGGAAAGUUUUAUUUAAAUGUUAGCAUGUUGAGCUUUCAGUGCCUACUUUUCUUAUUGUUAGUGCUCAGAGCAACAAAACUAAUAGGUGUAUCUAGUCAAAAUCCAUUCAGAACUAAACUUAGGUUGUGAAUUUUUAGUUAGAAUUCAGCACAUCAUUAAAAAUUACUUAACACUUGUCCCAGGCUAGAAAGUUAAAUAUUACAAACAUCAAAUAAUGUUGUAGAGUUGUUUUGGCAUUUAAAAAAUAAUAAUUGGGCAAAUUAUGUGGAGGUAGAAACCACUUACAUUCCCAAGAUGCUGUAUGGUAUUCAGCUCGACCUACGUGCACUUACUUUAAGCACAGUGUUAUCAUUAUGUGACAGUUUCAGUGUUUAACUAAAAUAACACUUAAGCACUGGCAACAACACAAGUUGUACAAUAUUUUGUAUUAUUAACACUAGAGGUAAACAAGCUACCAUCUAGUUAACACCUUGUGUCUUAAUAUUGUACAGGUGUUUUAAGCAUGGUUUGGGUAAAGUACCAAGUAAUUCUACAAAUUUAACUGCCAGGUCUUCCUUAAAGAUUCUGUUAAAACUGACUAUAUAUAUAUUGAAAUUAUUUAUGUAAUUAUUAUGAAAAAAUAAAUAAAAAUCAAUGUACCUCA